AUGUUGCAGAUAGAGCAUGGUGGAGAUGGUACAGUGGAGAAUGUGUUGCAGAUAGAGCAUGGUGGAGAUGGUACGGUGGAGAAUGUGUUGCAGAUAGAGCAUGGUGGAGAUGGUACGGUGGAGAAUAUGUUGCAGAUAGAGCAUGGUGGAGAUGGUACCGUGGAGAAUGUGUUGCAGAUAGAGCAUGGUGGAGAUGGUACCGUGGAGAAUGUGUUGCAGAUAGAGCAUGGUGGAGAUGUGGAGAAUGUGUUGCAGAUAGAGCAUGGUGGAGAUGGUACGGUGGAGAAUGUGUUGCAGAUAGAGCAUAGUGGAGAUGGUACCGUGGAGAAUGUGUUGCAGAUAGAGCAUGGUGGCGAUGGUACCGUGGAGAAUGUGUUGCAGAUAGAGCAUUGUGGAGAUGGUACCGUGGAGAAUGUGUUGCAGAUAGAGCAUAGUGGAGAUGGUACCGUGGAGAAUGUGUUGCAGAUAGAGCAUUGUGGAGAUGGUACGGUGGAGAAUGUGUUGCAGAUAGAGCAUGGUGGAGAUGGUACGGUGGAGAAUGUGUUGCAGAUAGAGCAUGGUGGAGAUGGUACGAUGGAAAAUGUGUUGCAGAUAGAGCAUGGUGGAGAUGGUACGGUGGAGAUUGAGCAUGGUGGAGAUGGUACGGUGGAGAAUGUGUUGCAGAUAGUGCAUGGUGGAGAUGGUAUGGUGGAGAAUGUGUUGCAGAUUGAGCAUGGUGGCGAUGGUACGGUGGAGAAUGUGUUGCAGAUAGAGCAUAGUGGAGAUUGUACGGUGGAGAAUGUGUUGCAGAUUGAGCAUGGUGGAGAUGGUACGGUGGAGAAUGUGUUCCAGAUUGAGCAUGGUGGAGAUGACACGGUGGAGAAUGUGUUCCAGAUUGAGCAUGGUGGAGAUGGUACUGUGGAGAAUGUGUUCCAGGUUGAGCAUGGUGGAGAUGGUCCAUGGGGCCGGUGUAUGGGCAGCGAGUGUGGCCCAGGGGGCAGCCAGAGCCGGGCCGUGUGGUGCGCCCACUCUGAAGGCUGGACCACCCUUCACACCAACUGUGACCAGGCAGAGCGCCCGGAGAACCAGCAGACCUGCUUCCACGUGUGUGACUGGCACAAAGACCUGUAUGACUGGCAGCUGGGUGCCUGGAACCAGUGUGUGCCCGUGUCCAUGCGAAGCACUGGGGCGCUCCAGCGGCCAGCCGUAUGUACCCGCGGCGAGGAGGGCAUCCAGACACGCGAGGUGGGCUGCGUCCAGAAAGCAGAUGGCGUGCCUGCGGAGGAUGCAGCGAUUUGUGAAUAUUUUGAGCCCAAGCCCAGGCUGGAGCAGGCCUGUCUGAUCCCAUGCCCGCGGGACUGUGUGGUCUCCCAGUUCACCCCAUGGACUUCCUGUUCGAAAACGUGCGGCAUGGGUCUUCAGAAUCGUGUCCGUUUUGUCCUGGCGCCGCCUCUGUUCGGGGGCUCAGCCUGCCCUAACCUGACAGAGUUCCAGACAUGUCAGCCAGGUCCCUGCGUGGGCCCAGAGAGCCUCUAUAGUCUGAGGGUGGGGUCCUGGGGUCCCUGCUCUGUACCCCUCCCUCGCACGGCCAGGCAGGCUCCCACCUUUACUCACGGUAAAGAUGUGGCUCUCCCUCGCCGGCUUCGCAAGGGCAGAGAGGGUAAAGAGGGUAAAGAGGGCAGCGAGGUGCCCACCCCACGUCAGCCUCGACUGAGCAAAGAAGAAAGGAUGAAAAGAAAGGAGGAAAGAAAGGAGGGGAGAAAAGGAAGACAGGCAGCCAAAGAAGGACGCAGGAAGAACAAGGAAAGAGUCAAGGAGAGGGUGAGGGAGCGAGUGAGGGCGAAGGGGAGGGUGAAAGACCCAGAGACCAAAGAGCUGAUAAAAAAUAAGAGGAACAGGAACAGACAGAACCGACAGGGAGGGAAGUUCUGGGACCUGCAGGUUGGAUACCAGACCCGGGAGGUGACCUGUGUUCACAGGAGCGGAAACACUGACGCACUAAGCCUGUGUUCUCGGGAGUCCCUACCAGUGACCUACCAGGCCUGCGUCCUGGCCAAGGACUGUGAGGUGAGCGACUGGACCGACUGGUCGCCUUGCUCCAAGGACUGCUACGAGCUCAACGGGCCCACGGGUGAGCGCACACGCACACGCCGGGUACACCAGUUCCCCGUGGGAGAAGGGGAGGAGUGCCCCGAACUGGAGGAGAAGGAACCCUGCACCCCUCAGGGAGAAGGGGGACCCCCCUGUAUUGCGUACAACUGGAAGACAACGGAGUGGACCGAGUGCAGGGUGGAUAUGUUGCUAAGCCAACAGGACCGUCGUCGUGGUAACCUAACUGGGCUGUGCGGGGGCGGAGUUCAGAACCAUGAGGUGUACUGUGUCCAGGCAAACAGCGCCGACCCUGCCUCAAGCUCUCUCAAUAGCAAAGAAGCCUCCAGGCCCGUUGAUGGUGACCUGUGCCUCAGCCCGCCCCCCAACACCACCCAGCCGUGCCACAUCCCCUGUCCUGUGGAGUGUGACGUGUCCUCCUGGGGUGCCUGGGGACCCUGCACCUUUGAAAACUGCCUGGACACAGCUGCCAAGAAAGGGUUCAAACUGAGGAAGAGGAGGAUCGUCAACGAGCCCACGGGAGGAACAGGAAGCUGCCCUCACCUGGUGGAGGCCAUACCCUGUGACGAGCCCAGCUGCUAUGAUUGGCUGCUGGUGAAGCUGGAUGAGUGUAUUCCGGACAACGAGAGAGAAUGUGGACCAGGCACCCAGAUACCACAAGUCCAGUGUGUCAACGGGGAUGGUGAGUAUGUGGACCGCCAGUUAUGCCGUGAUGCCAUCCUUCCCAUGCCCGUCAUCUGUGAGGUGCCUUGCCCCAAGGACUGUGUCCUCAGUCCCUGGACCACCUGGUCCCUGUGCUCACACACCUGCUCCGGGAAGAACACAGAGGGAAGGCAGAUGAGAGCACGCUCUGUACUGGCCUACAGCGCUGGGGAAGGCGGGGUCCAGUGCCCCAACAGCAGUGCUCUCCAGGAGGUGCGGAGCUGCAACGACCACCCUUGUACUGUGUACCACUGGCAGACAGGGCCCUGGGGACAGUGUAUCGAGGACACCUCGGUCCCCUCUGCCAACUCCACAGGGGCUCGGGCCGGAGUUGGGGGAGGGGACUCCUCGUGCUCUGUGGGGAUGCAGACACGGAAGGUCAUCUGUGUACGGGUCAAUGUGGGACAGGUGCCACCCAAAAAGUGUCCGGAGAGUAUUCGUCCUGAGACAGUCAGGCCUUGCCUCCUGCCAUGUAAAAGAGACUGCAGCGUCACCCCCUACAGCGAUUGGAGCGCCUGCCCUGCCAUAUGCAAAGCAGGCGGCAACACGAAAAGGAAACAGAACAGGAAACGCAUCAUCAUCCAGCUGCCGGCCAAUGGGGGACAGGACUGUCCGGAGGUGUUGGCUCAGGAGAGAGACUGUGAGGUGCCGUCUGUCUGUCUGGGAUACAGGUGGAAGACACACAAGUGGCGGCGAUGCCAGUUGGUUCCCUGGUCCGUGCGUCAGGACAGUCCUGGAGCUGUGGAGACCUGUGGGCCUGGGCUGCAGGCUAGAGCUGUCUCAUGCCGGAAGCAAGACGGGGGUCAAGCGGACAUGGGAGCAUGUCUGAAGUUUGCCAGUUCCAUGCCCUCUCUAACCCAGCCCUGCCAGCUCCCAUGCCAGGACGACUGCCAGCUAACCACCUGGUCUAAGUUCUCUUCCUGUACACAGGACUGUGUGGGCGUCAAGACCCGCAAGAGGAUGCUAGUGGGAAAAAGCAAAAAGCAAGACCAGUGUAAGAACACCCAGGUAUACCCCCUCAGUGAGAUCCAGUACUGCCCCUGUAACAAGUACAAUGCCCAGCCCAUGGGGAACUGGUCGGACUGCAUCCUGCCUGAGGGUGGGCGCGUGGAGGGUCAGCCGGGCAUGAAGGUCCAGGGGGACAUCAAGGAGUGUGGCCAGGGCUACCGCUACCAGGCCAUGGUGUGUUACGACCAGGACAACAGGCUGGUGGAGACGUCACGGUGCAACAGCCACGGUUAUAUUGAGGAGGCUUGCAUCAUCCCCUGUCCGUCUGACUGCAAGCUCAGUGAGUGGUCAAACUGGUCACGAUGCAGCAAGUCCUGCGGCAGUGGGGUCAAAGUGCGUUCCAAGUGGCUGAGGGAGAAGCCUUACAACGGUGGUCGACCGUGCCCCAAACUGGACCAUGUCAACCAGGCUCAGGUGUAUGAGGUGGUGCCCUGUCUCAGUGACUGUGGUCAGUAUGUGUGGGUGGCUGAACCCUGGAGUGUCUGGAAGGUCAGCAACGUGGACCUGAAGGAGAACUGUGGAGAAGGAGUGCAGACCAGAAAGGUCAGGUGUAUGCAGAACACUAUCAAUGGGCCGUCGGACCCUGUGGAGGAUUACCUGUGUGACCCAGAGGAGAUGCCUCUAGGGGCCAGAGACCGCCAGCUGCCCUGCCCUGAGGACUGUGUCCUGUCUGACUGGGGGGCCUGGAGCAGCUGCUCACUGCCAUGCAACAAAAUCAGCACUCGGGAUAGGACAGCAUACCCCGUUCGUCAACCUGGAGAGGGAAAGCUGUGCCCCAACACCACAGAGACCGAGCCCUGCAGCCUCAACAGCAACUGCUAUCACUACUCCUAUAACAUCACCGAUUGGAGCACCUGUCAGCUGAGUGAGAGAGCUGUGUGUGGUAGUGGCAUGAAGACACGCAUGCUGGACUGUGUACGAAGCGACGGCAAGUCUGUCGACCUCAAGUUCUGUGAAGAGCUGGGGCUGGACAGGAAGUGGCAGAUGAAUGCUUCCUGUGUUGUGGAGUGUCCCAUCAACUGCCAGCUAUCUGAUUGGUCACCCUGGUCCGAGUGCACACAAACCUGUGGACUAGCAGGAAAGCUGUGGCGCAGGAGAACCGUGAUCCAGGUGCCCCAGGGUGAUGGGCGAUCCUGCCCCCCUCAGAGGGAACAGUGGAAGCCUUGCCCCGUCAGACCCUGCUACCAAUGGAGAUACAGCUCCUGGUCCGAAUGCAAGUCUGAGGGUGCAAGGUGCGGAGAGGGGCUGCGGUUCCGUAACGUGUCCUGCUUUGUGUCGGACGGGUCUGGCCAGGGAGAGGGCAGUCUGGUGGAUGAUGAGCUGUGUGGAAACCUUGAGCCCUCGGUAGACGGCGACAAACAGAUCACCCUGGAAGAACCCUGCACCUCGCCCUGUCCAGGUGACUGCUACCUGACUGACUGGACAGUGUGGAGCCCGUGUCAGCUGAGCUGUGUCAGUGGAGAUGACCUGGGCUUCGGCUCAGUGCAGGUCAGAUCCAGAGCCGUGCUGGCCCAGGAGCCAGAGAACCUACUGCAGUGUCCAGAACAGGAGUGGGAGGCCCGGCCCUGCACUGAGGGCCAGUGUUAUGAGUACAAGUGGAUGACAGGAGCGUGGAGGAGCUCCUCUCGACUGGUCUGGUGUCAGAGAUCUGAUGGAUUAAAUGUCACAGGUGGCUGCCCUAUGACAGCCCAGCCCUUGGCAGACCGAUCAUGUGAUCCAGCCUGCAACAAACCGCGCUCCUUCUGCACAGAGGCGGGUGUGUGUGGUUGUGAUGAGGGCUACACGGAGGUGAUGACAUCAGACGGCCUGCUGGACCAGUGUACGGUGAUCCCUGUGUUAGAGAUCCCCACUGCAGGGGACAACAGGGCUGACGUGAAGACCAUCAGGGCGGUCAGCCCCACACAGCCCUCCAACAGCCUGCCUGGCCGAGCUGGACGCACCUGGUUCCUACAGCCCUUCGGACCAGAUGGUAAACUGAAGACAUGGGUCUACGGUGUGGCAGCUGGAGCUUUUGUUCUACUCGUCUUUAUAGUCUCCAUGACCUUCCUAGCCUGUAAAAAGCCAAAGAAACCCCAGAGAAGACAGAUGUAUAACAACCGGCUCAAGCCCCUGACCCUGGCCUAUGACGGAGACGCUGACAUGUGAACCUCCUAAUCUACCUGUGGCAGAAUCAUUUUACACUGAUGUCAUGGAGACUGUCGUCGUGGGAACAGACAGAUUGGUUGUCAGGGAGACCCACCUUUGACGGUUCUUCUCAGGCUACCAGUGGGCGUGUGGCUUAAAAUAUCUGGAACUCUGGGAAGACUUACAUUAUGUCACUGAUUUAUCAAUAACAACAAAAAAUGAAAGUCAGACAGAAAUCGAACCAUGUUUGUUCAUUAGUAGCCUAGAAUUUUCCUCCCUCAAUAUUUUUGAUGUAUUUAAUUUUUGUAUAAUUUGUUUCACAAGAGCCUUCACAAACUCUAUCUUCUUCUUAAGGAAGUCUGCCUUUGCUUAUUUGCCAUUUAGUACUUUUUCUGUCAAAUAAAAAGCCUUUUGAAACAAAGGUUGUUGGAGAGGGCCCUGAAAAAACACAAUGAUUUUUGCUGCAAAAGCAUAAGUCCCUCCUUUGCUACAGGUGCUCUGUUGAAAAUUAAAUGAGAAACACGCAAUGCUUUUUUAAAACUUUUCCUGGAGAAAAUUGCUGCCUCUCUAUUUUUGUUCUGGACUGGAUCCUUUUCCCUAAAAAAUAAAACAAGAAGAAAGUGUCCUAA